AUGUCUGCAUCUGCUGAAGUUCUAGUUCUAAGAGGUACUCUAGAGGGCCACAACGGCUGGGUCACUUCCCUGUCGACUUCCCCAGCUCAACCAAACUUGUUGUUGUCUGGUUCCCGUGACAAGACCUUGAUCACCUGGAAGUUGACCGGCGACGACCAACAAUACGGUGUCCCAGUCAAGUCCUUCAGAGGCCACUCUCACAUUGUCCAAGACUGUACCGUCACCCCAGACGGUGAAUACGCUUUGUCCGCUUCGUGGGACAAGACCGUUAGACUAUGGGAAUUGGCUUCCGGUAAGUGUAUCCAGAGAUUCGUUGGUCACAAGUCCGACGUUUUGUCCGUCGCCAUCGACAGACGCGCUUCUCAGAUCGUGUCUGCGUCCCGUGACAAGACUGUCAAGGUCUGGAACACUCUAGGUGAGUGUAUGGUCACUUUGUUGGGCCACAACGACUGGGUCUCCCAAGUCAGAGUUGCUCCCAACGAAAACUCCGAGGAUGAGACCGUCACCGUCAUUUCUGCCGGUAUGGACAAGGUCGUCAAGGUCUGGAACUUGCACUCUUUCCAAAUCGAAGCCGACUUCAUCGGCCACAACAACUACGUCAACACCGUCACCGCUUCUCCUGACGGAACCCUUGUGGCCUCUGCCGGCAAGGACGGCCAAAUCAUGCUCUGGAACUUGGCCGAGAAGAGCGCCCUGUACACUUUGAACGCCCAAGACGAAGUUUUCGCCGUCGCCUUCUCUCCAAACAGAUACUGGUUGACCGCGGCCACCGCCUCUGGCAUCAAGAUCUUCAACUUGGAAGAAAGACAAGUUGUCGACGAAUUGAGACCGGAAUUUGCCGGUUACACCAAGGCUGCCGACCCACACGCGGUCUCUUUGGCUUGGUCCGCUGACGGCCAAACUUUGUUUGCCGGUUACACCGACAACGUCAUCAGAGUCUGGCAAGUCAUGACCGCCAACUAA